AUGGUCCUGCUUUUGUCGUCUGUGACCGGGGAAGCAAGGAAAUCGUUUCUCAGUUUUCUGAACAUAGAAAAGACUGAAAUACUAUUUUUCACAAAGACUGAAGAAACUGUCGUUGUAAGGUCAAGUUACAGAGAUAAACAGCCAAACUCCAGCUACCUCCUUGUGCAACUAGAAGAUCCUAAAAUGCUCCAAGUGGUGAAUGAGACUAAGACCUUAUCAGAUGUUACCAACUUUACGAUAAACCUGGUGACAGAUGAAGACGGGGAGACAAAUCUGACCAUUCAAUUGUGGGAUUCUGAAGGUAGGCAAGAAAGACUCAUUGAAGAAAUAAAGAAUGUCAAAGUCAGAGUGCUCAAACAAAGACAAGACAGUCUUUUCCAGAUAUCAAACCUUAUUGGUAGAAAUAUCCUUAUGCUUUUUCUACCAAUGAUACUGUUAAAUAAAUGUGCGUUUAGUUGUAAGAUUGAAUUACAGGUGUUUCAAACAAUAUGGAAGAGACCUUUGCCAAUAAUUCUUGGGGCAGUUAUACAGUUUUUUCUUAUGCCAUUUUGGAAGCCCUGUGGAUUCCUUUUGACACAGAUUUUGGCAUUGCCUGAGGCACAGGCUUUUGGAUUUAUAAUGACCUGUACCUGCCCAGGAGGCGGUGGGGGCUAUCUGUUGCUUCUAGAAGGAGAUGUCACUUUGGCCAUUUUGAUGACUUGCACAUCAAUGUUAUUGGCCCUGAUAAUGAUGCCUGCCAAUUCGUACAUAUAUAGUAGGAUGUUAGGGUUAUCAGGUACUUUGCAUAUUCCUGUUUCUAAAAUUAUGUCAACACUCCUUUUCAUACUUAUACCGAUAUCAGUGGGAAUAAUCAUCAAGCGUAGACUACCUGAAAAAGCAAACUUCCUGGAGAGGAUCAUUAGACCUCUGAGUUUUAUUUUAAUGUUUGUAGGGAUUUAUUUGACUUUCAGAAUGGGAUUAAUGUUUCUAAAAACAGUGAACCUAGAGGUGCUUCUAUUGGGUGUCUUAGUGCCUGCUUUGGGUUUGUCGUUUGGGUACUUUUUUGCUAAAAUUUCUAUGCUGCCUCUUCCUGUUUGUAAAACUGUUGCUAUUGAAGGUGGGGUACUGAAUAGUUUCUUAGCCCUUGCUAUUAUUCAGCUUUCUUUUUCACGGUCCACUGCAGACUUGGCUUCUGUGGCUCCUUUCACAGUGGCCAUGUGUUCUGGAUGUGAAAUUUUACUGAUCCUUCUGUUCUACAAGACUAAGAAAAGAUGUAUCCUUAUCACAGAAGAGAAAAGAAAGAAAAAUCCCCCGGUCUAA